AAACGACUCAUAUCGCCACCUGUCGGCCUUUAAACUAUUAGUUACACUGAUAUCCUAGGUCGGUUUUAAGUAGAUUGGUAGAGAUAUAUGUUCCUAGCAGAGGCAACAAAGAUACUGUUAACUAAGGGGCAACCUCAGGUGUUUGGAACGCCAGAGAACCUUUGGAGCUCAUAUAAAUCUUGUGCACGGAAGGCAGGGCACUUCCUGUUUUUUCCUCCGUUUGUUCCUUGCUUGCCAAAGAUCUUUCUAGAUUAAGUAAUGAGGGAAACGGGCACCCACCCAACCAGGAGGUCUGCACGUAUGGUAAUUUCCAUAUGAAUACCCGGAACAUCGAAACCAAAUGGUUUUGUAGUUUAACGAUGGACUCGACACGUUAAGUGUGAAUCGCGAGACACAUCCUCCUUGGGGGUGUACUGCCAACUAACCCCACGCUCGCAAGGAUAACUAGUUACCUAACUAUCUACAAUCAACUACGACUUGCUGUUGUGAAUGGUGUCCCCUAGCUAACGUUAGCGUGCCAGACAAUCAAAAAGAGGACUGUUCUCUGAAAAUUCUUUCCUCGACCACGAAAGGGCAUGCGGCGAGAGCUGCGGCCGCUCUAGAAUGAGGAAGAGCCAGGCAAACCGUUGCAGGGACAUCGAGAGGCAAGCCGGCUACCUGCAGCCCGAGCACUGCGCCCCUCCCCCAACCCUCCCCCACUCCGACACCAUGUGGUUCAUCCGCGACUGCUGCGGCAUCGUAUGCGGCGUCAUCACCUGGUGUCUGGUGUUCUAUGCCGAGUUCGUGGUGCUCUUUGUCGUGCUGCUGCCUGCCAAGAACCUGCUCUAUAGUCUAAUCAACGGUGCACUGUUCAGUGUCCUCGCCUUCCUCGCCCUGGCCUCACACGCCCGGGCCAUGUGCACAGACCCGGGUGCGGUGCCUAAAGGGAACGCGACCAAGGAGUUUAUAGAGAGCCUGCAGCUCAAGCCCGGUCAGGUGGUCUACAAAUGUCCCAAGUGUUGCAGUAUCAAGCCCGACAGAGCUCACCACUGCAGUGUGUGCAAACGCUGUAUCAAGAAGAUGGACCACCAUUGCCCAUGGGUAAACAACUGCGUAGGAGAGAAGAACCAGAAAUUCUUUGUGCUUUUCACAAUGUACAUUGCACUGAUAUCCCUCCAUGCCCUGGUCAUGGUUGCCUUUCAUUUUAUCUUCUGCUUUGAGUCGGACUGGACGAAGUGCAGUACAUUCUCUCCUCCAGCGACCGUCAUCCUCCUCAUCCUCCUCUGCUUUGAGGGACUCCUCUUCCUCAUUUUUACCUCAGUGAUGUUUGGGACCCAGGUCCAUUCCAUCUGUGCCGAUGAGACAGGCCCCCGUGCUGCACUAAUCAGGAACACAGAGUUUAUCAGGUUGUCAUUCGUCCUUCCUGGCUCGGUCGUUGGGGGCCGCCCUCUGAAGCACCAGGAGGCCAGAGAACGUGAGGGAGAUUCCUACCCACCACAACGCAAUCUGGGUCUCCCCAAAGAUAAGCUGCCCCAAAAAGGCCUGUGGCACAAUACAGGCAUUUCAAUUUAGUGCACCAUAUAUUACACUUCUCAUACAUUACACUUCUCUGACAACACUUAAAAAGGAAAAUCUGUGUUACGCUUAUUAAUUCAAACCAUACACUUGUAGGCUAUUAGGCCUAUACCUUAUUUACAAGUGUUUACGAAGUGUCUUUUCCACAGGGAAACAUGUACUUACGGAAGAUACGAAGUUGGAAGCGGUAGUGGUCACAGUGGUUCGGGUGGAGGAGGAAGAGUACCGGAGCGCCUUAGCGAGGAACGUCCACAUCACAGCAUUACAGGCGAAGAGCAGCCCCCCACAAAUCAGCCUCAGUGGGAUGUGUAGCUGAAGCAAACACACACAAACAACAUGAAUGAAAACAACGUUGUUUUGGACUAGAGUCACAUCAAAUAGUUGAGCUGCAUUCCAUGGAUUUGGGGCCUAUUUUAGUUAUUUGUCUUGAUAUAUAUAUUUUUUUCUUCACAUGCAUUUACCUAACGGCUAUACAAAUAAAUAAUAUGGCUAAUAAAUCAACCUUAAAAUCAUGUCACCACGUACCCAACGUCAUGAAGGUAAUUUCAAGCAGCCCAAUUAACAAUACGAUAUUGACAUUGAAUGGAAAAUUGCUCAUAUGUUAAACCAGACUCGCAUUUGGCCGCAAUAAAUAAAAUGAUAGAGUACACAUAUGAAAAUAUCUUCCUUUAACACAAACAUAUAUGACGUAAUACUGCACUAGGUAUGUCGUUCAAUCACGCGUGUACGACACGAGCUUGACACACAGCACGCGCCUGUCCAGCAGAGAGAGAUGCUGAGCGCAAGAGCUGGAAUCUGGACCCCUAAACUCAUAACUGGAAAACCCAAACUUCCCUACUCGCGGACGAAUUGCUUUGCUAACAAAUUGACAUCUACAUUAUUCAGAAGCCACCCAAAUCCCAUCACGUUAAUAAUUCAGGCACUUAAACGGCGGCGAUUACUCACCCAGUCACAAGCGGUAGUUUCGUCAGGUUGUCUAAAUUUCCGCUGCUCUCCCCAUGUUCGUAGCCCCGUUUCACAUACACCUUUUAGGUAAUCGGCUCCAAGUGACAGCUUUGCAGAUGAAGAUGCGACAGCCCCGAGAAACCCCGCCAGAAGCGCAUAGAAAACGCCGGGGAACAACAUAUUGACAACCAAGGCACAUAUUUCUCUAAUCCAUCACAUUUCUACAGCGGUAUUGAGCUGAGUGAGAGUGCGGGCAGAAUCUGUAGGCUACUUCCUACCAACAACCGUCCCGAGGCAGCCACACCAAUCAAAAUACUUUGUCAGCGGGUAGGUGCACGACGUGGUUGGACAAAAUAACUCCACAGCUGUGUAGCAUUGUGGGAUGAGUAGUUUAUUCAGCGGAAUCACGUGUUUGGGAAUUCUGUUGAUAUUGGAUAAGAAUGUAUUUCUUUUAGGACUCUUUAGGUCUGUGAGUGAGGUCUCAUCCAUCAAAUGCCCCCCAAUUAAUCCUAAUAUAAAUCACAUCAAAUUGUAUUAGUCACAUGCACCUUACAGUGAAAUGCUUACUUACGAGCCCAUAACCAAUAAUGCAGUUUUAAAAAAUAUGGAUAAGAAUAAGAAAUAAAAGGGUGGCUGGAGUCUUUGACAAUUUCUAGGACCUUCCUCUGAUUCCGCCUGGUAUAGAGAUCCUGGAUGGCUGGAAGCUUGGCCCCAGUGAUGUACUGGGCCGUUCGCAAUACCCUCUGUAAUGCCUUGUGGUCGGAGGCUGAGCAGUUGCCAUACCAGGCAGUGAUGCAACCAUGCUCUCGGUGGUGCAGCUGUAGAACAUUUUGAGGAUCUGAGGACCCAUGCCAAAUCUUUUCAGUCUCUUGAGGGGGAAAAGGUUUUGUCGUGCCCUCUUCAGGACUGUCUUGGUGUGCUUGGACCAUGUUCGUUUGUUGGUGAUGUGGACACCAAGGAACUUGAAGCUCUCAACCUGCUCCACUAGAGCCCCGUCGAUGAGAAUGGGGGCGUGCUCGGUUCUCUUUUUCCACAAUCAUCUCCUUUGUCUUGAUCACGUUGAGGGGGAGGUUGUUGUCCUGGCACCACACGGCCAGGUCUCUGACCUCCUCCCUAUAGACUGUUUCGUCGUUGUCGGUGAUCAGGCCUGCCCACUGGUUGUGUCAUCGGCAAACUUAAUGAUGGUGUUGGAGUCGUCCCUGGCCGUGCAGUCAUGAGUGAACAGGGAGUACAGGGGACUGAGCACGCACCCAUGAAGGGCCCCUGUGUUGAGGAUCAGCGUUGCGGAUGUGUUGUUACCUACCCUUACCACCUGGGGGCGGCCCGUCAGAAAGUCCAGGAUCCAGUUGCAGAGGGAGGUGUUUAGUCCCAGGGUCCUUAGCUUAUUGAUGAGCUUUGAAGGCACUGUGUUGUUGAACGCUGAGCAUCCGCCCAGGGCGGCACGGGGCACCCACAAAAAAAAAAUCAGAAUGGUGACAUUUGCGCGACCGGUUUUUCACGUCACGUCAAUGAUAUCAUGUCAACGUGUGGGACUGUGGGUCAAUUAACCUUGUCGGAGUGGGCGCCCUGAUUCUAGUUUGUGAGCUGGGCAGGUCACUGCCUGGGAAGGUCUCCCACUCAAAAGUACGAGAUGGGGAGGGGAGCGGGGGUAGGUUGAUCUCAGGUCUCCGCACUGGAAGCCUGAGGUUGUGGGAGCAGGGGAAUCUAUCAAAUAGUUCACCUGUAACUUUGUACAAUAUUAAUGCAAUUAGUAAAGUCAGUCACACUAUAAAAUGCUACUGAAUAAACAAUUCAUUCAUAAUACUGUGAAUAUAGUUUCACAGACAUGUUUUUGAAUUUUUUUCUGGUUUGUGCGAAAUCGUUAAGAAUAAUAUAAAACCAGUCUGCUACACCACCGAGGUGAAUUGGUUUAGUCUUGACUCUUGGUUGACAGUGUUGGGGGAUGGGUAAUGUAUUGAUGCUCGAGUGACAAAUAUUUGUAUAUUUAUAUAUUUUUAAAUGUUAUGAUUAUUUAUUUGUGUUGUUCCAAAUGUCUGAAUAAAAAUUACAGUUAGUGCAGAAUGAUGGGGGGGGCGCUGAAGGUGGAGUUCGCUCAGGGAGCCCUACAAGCUAGAACCGCCACUGCCCUCGAGGACUGGAAUUGCCCACCCCUGCAUUAGGCAAUAGGCAGGUUAGCCUUACAGCCUACUACUUUCUUAAUCUACUCGAUUUUAAUGUUGCGUGGAGUGGAGGAUCAAUGCUAAUGUAAUGUCUUUGAGUGGGGCAAGGCAGGGCUACUCUCAGUAAAUCAGCCCAGUAGCCUAUAUUGCACGCACUCACUCACUCACUCACUCACUCACUCACUCACUCACACAGCCCAAUCCUGAUCCAGACAGUGGGGCCCUCAGAAUAAAUGUCCCCUUCAGCAUACUGAUGACAUGGAUCAUAGAGGUUCAUUUCCUAAAAACUCCACCUGAUUCCGUCUCAAAUGGCACCCUAUUCCUAAUAUAGUGCACUUCUUUUUACCAGAUCCUUAUAGGCUCUGGUCAAAAUAAGUGCACCCCAUAGGAAUAGGGUGCCGUUUAGGACUCAACAAGUGGAGGGGAGAGUGACGCCACUUAGUUCAGCCACAUCUCUGCCCUUCAGAUUGAUGGAGCUGUCACAGAUGGAACUGGGACAAGACAUGAAAUCCUCAUUAUGUGCAGACAGAAAGGGAAUAAAGUGUCCGCUCCUCCCAUUUCUUAUCUAUUAUCAAAGAAGAAUCUUAUCUGUAUUACAGACUUGAGACUGUAUGAGAUCGAUGUAAGAUACCCCAUCUGAAACAUUGAUUUAUUUAUUUUUUAUUUAACUAGACAAGUCAGAUAAGAACAAAUUCUUAUUUACAAUGACGACCUUCCCCGGCCAAACCCGGCCAACGCUGGGCCAAUUUUGCGCCGCCCUAUGGGACUCCCAAUCACGGCCGGCUGUGAUACAGCCUGGAAUCGAACCAGGGUGUCUGUAGUGACGCCUCAAGCACUGAGAUGCAGUGUCUUUGACCUCUGCUCUACUUGGGAGCCCAAACAUGAACCUAACAAUACUAUAAAUGCGGUCCAAGUACCAUCAGAAUAACACUGGGCCACUGUUUUUCUCAGCUGUGUCAAGUAGUUUACUUUUGUGUGGAUUUUUGCACAGUGCCUAUUUAAUUAAUAAUUCUAAGGUCACAAAUGGUUAGACUCAAGCUGAAACAAACCUUAUCCAUCCAUUCCCAUUAUUCAACUGAUCCUACCUCUGGCCAGUAGAUGUCUCUAAUGUUCUUCAAGCAACAGCAUGUCUACAGAAAUCAAGCAGUUAAUGAGUUUUGAAUGCAGACAUCUUCCUCGAAUGUAUGCAAGUAAGCAUGUAAACCCAGAAUAUGUGAUGCACUUCAGAAGUGACUGCUUGGAUAAACUGAAAAACACGCAGAAAAUAUUUCUGGAACCAUUAUAAAAUGGACUGUUGUUAUUAUCAGUCAUGUAUCAUUAAAACUAUGACCUCAAAUAAAUGUGAUUAUAAACUA